UAGUGAAGCUUUGCUUGCCUUUUGUCUUCGAGUUCAUGAAUCACAAAAUGACUUUCUUGAGUCAAAUGGAAAAGUCUCAAAUCAAGAAGCUGCUGGUCAGUCUUUCUCAAUCGCCGUCCACCGACAUAUAUAAACGGCACCUCCAUGACCUAAGGGCCGCCUGCCCCGAUGAGGUUUUCCAGUAUUAUUACGACAUCUGGCAUCCAUUAUGGAAUUUCUGGUCCGGAAAGGACAGCAAGACAAACGAUUUGGAAAACUCCAUUUAUAAUUACGUGGCCCAGAAGCAUAAGGACUUAAAAGCACAGCUCGGGUCGUUGUCCACGCUGAGCCAGUGUCUCCGCGCUUUACUUGUGGAAGAUGAAGGCCAUGUUCAAGAACAGACUGAAUCCAAAAAUGCCUCCCUCACCGAGGAAAGUUUACCGGUCUGCGAUCUAGAAGCGCCACCCGAACCCGCCAUGGACCAGAGCGAUGCUGAUGUGAAGCCAACCGCCGAAUGUGAAUAUAAUCAGGAUUGUGAAGAUUCGUUUAAAAUGGAAUUGAGCGGCAAAGAAUUUCCCAGCUGGGACGAUUUCUGCGAGUACCUGCAAGGACUUACCAAAGAGAACUAUAAUCUCCGCUUUACACCGCUCGCCGAAGAGGAUCAGGGUGAAGGGCCCACUGCACCCGCCGUGGCCGAAUCUCUGAAGUACAGCUGGGCGCAGCUUUCCUGCAGUUGGAAGAACUGCUCGGCAUUCAUCGAGCUGACCCUGGGUCCGCAGAAAGACAAACUUGUCAUCGCGCAAAGCAACCUGCACCAUAACCAUGUUGAAGAAGAUGCAACGGAGGCGCCACCAGAGAAGAAAUUCAAACCGUCUUCCGCAGUAGGUUUACCGGCACAAGUUGCCAACAACAUAUCUAAGAAAUUCCUGGAGCAGAGUGACCUAAAGCGGCUCCUCCGCUUCCGUUCCGGCGCUUUUGAGGACCGUACACAAGUGCUGGCGGAGUUGCAGUCCCUCUUCUUUUCCGACCCUGAAGCAAAAGUCAAAUUGGUAUUUGUGGAAGAUAAGUUGCACGUGAAGAAGAUCUUUCUGAUGACCUCGACUAUGCAAAAUCUAGCGCAGAGCUUUCCCGAAUAUCUCUUCAUUGAUGUGUUUUUGGAGUUCAGUCACAGCUUUGAUUUGUACACCAUCUUUUGCGACAAGAAGGGAGAAGGUUGGACGCCGUGUGCGUAUUGCAUCGCCAAAAAAGGAACCGGCAACAUCUUGAAGUUUCUUACCGACUUGCUUCUCGAGAUCCUCCCCUCGAUUAGUAACAAGGUAAAAUUAAUAACCCUCAAUCCCGACAUCCAAGAACCGGUUUCCCUGGAGACUCAGUUUCCGCAUGCGAACCUGCGGUACUGUAUGCAUCUGGUUCUCAAUAUCAUGUACAACCGAAUCUCUCACCUCGAAGUUACCGUCGAAGCCCAGAUUAAAAACUUCCUCCACAUCCUCUCGCAGACUUGCUCCCUUAAGGUCUAUGAACGAUAUUUGAAUGACCUGAAAGCCAUUUGUCCGGCAGCAAUUUUUCAGUAUUAUUUCGAUACCUGGCACCUGCGGCGAAAAAUGUGGGUAAAAAAAGAUAAUCGGACUGAAGAGGCCGAAAGAACCCUGUCUGAACUGGUAUCUGUCAAUCAUGUGAAACUCAAGCAGGCGGUCGGCUAUAUGCCCUCCUUGCAUCAAUGCCUUUGUUCUGUCCUGGGAAAUGGAGGGAAAGCUUCGGGCAACGAUCUCCAUAUCCAGAGAGCUGAUAUUUCAUCUUUUUGUGAUUAUGAGAAGCCUGCCGUUCCACUUCUGAAUCAACAGGAUCUUGAGCCUCCUGAGCAGAAUGAAGGGAGUCUUCAGAGCCCUGCUGUGGAGAACAGUGCAGAAGAGGUGUCCCAACAGAAGCAAGUGGACCUCCUGUGUUGAAUUCUUGGUCUUGUCCUCCAUUUUCCAUCUCCGAAGACUUCAGCGCAUUAGAACAUCAUUGGAUCUAUUAAGACUUUUGGAUUUACUGUAAACUUUAUAUAAAUCUUUUCUCGAUAUUUUGGAUCUGCAUGUAAAUAUAGAUGAAUUUCCAAUA